AUGGGGCGCAUGUGGGUCAACCCCUACAAGUCGGUCGUGCCGCAGGUCGGCUACUACGACAUCAACUGCCUCCUGGAGGCGCUCAAGCUGAAGAAGUGCCACAUCAGCCUGCACGCCGUCUUCAACCCCAAGGAACCGAACGCCGUGGCGAAGUCCCUGGAGCAUCUCGACCCUUCCCUCGGGGGGGUUCGUGGGAUCGUAGUCAACCGCGUGAGCAAAUCUUUGCUCGGAGGGCUGUAUACCACACACCACUUCUACGCCAUCAUCCCCUACAAAGGCAUCCGUGGGAAUGGCAUGGCCUGGUACGUCGUGGACUCGAAGGCCGACGCUCCCGAGAUUAUCGGGAGCGCCGCGGAGCUGGCGCUUCACCUGGGGAUGGAGGCUCGCGAGCAUCAGGGCCACGUGUUCGUCGUCUCUGACGGGGAGUGCGAAGUGAUGGCCGGCGACGGCAGCAGCGGCGGCGGCGGCGGCGGCGGCGACAGCGGCAAACAGGAGGAGAAGACCUCGGGGGGGUAG